CAUCUCAAGAGUUGUUGUAAAAGAGACUUGAUAUUUUAUUUCGCUCGAACGGCUUUUCAUGUUGAAAAGAAAAACCUGUGUGGAAAAAUUCAUUGUGAGUCAGAGUGUUGCAAUUUGAAAGGGAAGAAAAAGAGAGACAAGUAGUGAGAUUAUCUCUCUGUUUCCACGACUGUUCAAAAGCCAACAAUACUCAUUAAAAUUUAGAUUUCUUCACGAAAAAUUCCAACAAAACUGGCUCAUUUAAAAGUGCACACAAUUUUGUGUCUGUUUUUUCGGAUGGUGUAACGCGAAUCUCUCCCGUGGACUCAAUUAUCUUCAGCAACAUCUCUCAAAACUGUUGGUAGAUGUUAAAGGAGAUCUUCCAAGAAGUGUUUUGUGUAUUAAUGAGGCAAAAGUGCAGAACAUUUCUCACAGUGAUUUGAGUUUAUAAGAGAAAGAAGGAGAGAAAUAUUAAAUGAAAUAAUAAAUACCAACUCAUUAAUUACAAUAGUAAAUUAAAUUAAAAAGCUAACUGUUUUGGCGUUAUACUAUAAUUUAAUUUCUCUCUCCUGAUGUGAGAAGAGAAGAGAGAAGAGAAAAGAGGUGGAAAAAGAAGAAUAUAACUGUUAGAAUUUGUGUGUUGAGCAGCGCGUCUUCAACAGUCGAUUUACAGCUAUUCAACCGAUCUUGAGACUCGCGCGAUCCCCAAAUGGAAAUGGAUGAUAAUGAUAACUUUUUGGAUUACCAAAAGAUGAACUUUUCUCCAUUCACGACCCAAUUCGCCAGUGCGAUACCUGCAAAUGCUGUGAAUCAAUUCACAGCGGCAAAAUUUACGCAGAACAUAACAACGGCCAAUGGACAGGUGGUCGGAUUGGUGUCUGGAGGGGAUGGCGGAGUUCAUUACCUCCGGCCGGUGGAAAGUGGGGCAGCGUUCCCCGGACAGACACAGACAACGACGACAUCCAACAGUCUGCAGCAGACGCACCAGACACUCAUCACGCUGCCCAUCACGAUGCCGGGCGCCAAGCCGGGAGAUGCGCAGCAGACGGUGCAGAUUCAGGUGGUGAAUCCCAAUCCUAUUCAGCAGCAGCAGCAGCCCAAGUUCCAAAUGGGUCAGAUGCAGAUCCCCAUUCAGGGCCUGCAGCAGGGCACGACGGUGCUCACGGUGGCGUAUGCGCCGCAAGAGGGUGACAUCCUGCAGAAUCACGGCCUGCCUGAGGGCAUGACGGUGGUGGCGGCGCUGCAGCCGCAGGAUCUGCAGCUGAUCGCGGCGCAGGCGGCGCUCUCGCAGACGCAGCAGAAUACUCAGCAGACCACGGGAUCGCAGACGACAGAGCAGAGCGCCAAGGAGGAGGAGACAAUCGUCAAGCCAAUUCAGAUAAAGCAGGAGCCUGUGUGGCAGCAAAAUCCAGCGACAUCGAGUGCCUCAGCCGAUAUCUCUGACUACCUUUCGCGGAUUCCCACGCAGGAGUUACCGCUGCAUCUGCAUCACUUCCUCAAGUUCAACGCGGAGACAAUCAAAAGGGAAUCUCAGGUGGAGAAUAGUCCGCUGAAUGGGGCGCUGAUCACGUACGAGUACGCCGGGCAUCAGCAGCAACAGCAACAGCAGCAGCAGCAGGUUGAGGUGCAGGCGCAGCAGGAGUCGCACAGUCAGGACGCCAGCGUGGGCACGGACAUUCAGGGUGACAUUCCGGCCACGGAGGGUGGCGAGAAGGCGAAGAAGAAGAGGCGCUACAAGAAGAAACCACCGAAGCCGAAGCGACCGAAGCCUGGACAGGUGCACAUCGCCACGGCGCUCGAUGGAACGAUACUCUUCUGCUGUCCGGAGUGCCAUCGUGCCUAUCCUGAGAAGGAAAAUCUGGAGCAACACUUGUCCGUCCAUAAGAUCGAAAGGAGAUUCAUUUGCGACAUUUGCGGCGCUGGGCUGAAGAGGAAGGAGCACCUGGAGAGGCACAAACUGGGCCACAAUCCCGAUCGGCCUUACAUCUGCAGCGUGUGCAUGAAGGGUUUCAAGCGCAAGGAGCACCUCAAUCUUCACUUUGUCAUUCACAGUGGAGAGAAAACUGAGAUCUGUGGCGAGUGCGGGAAGGGCUUCUAUCGCAAGGAUCAUCUGCGGAAGCACGCCAAGUCGCACGCGAUGAAGCGGAUGAAGGAGGAAUUGAGUGCGCAAGCGAGUGCUGCCGCGGCGGUGGCUGCGGCCGCGCCGUCUGCUGUGACGAGCACCAUUGCAACGUCAGUGGCAGGAGUUCCGGCUGUGUCCAUCACGGCGAUUCCGUCGAUGUCCGGGCAGAGCUCGCAGGACGCUAGCGGGGAUUCAGAAAUGGGAUCUGCAGUCGAUGCAGCGACAAUCCAGACUUCCAUUGCGACUCCGGUAACUUCCGCCACCAACACAACAAUCAUUCACGUACCAACAAGUAACAACACAACUCUACCUGUUCAAAUUCAACUUCCGCAACUUGUGGCCACGACGUCUGCGGACAAUUCCUCAGCGAGUGUUGUUCUGCCGCCGACGUCGGAUUCUCUCAUGUAGGAAAGACAGCGAGAGAGAGAGAGAGAAAGGCCAGAGACGAGGCUUGGAAUUAAAGGGUGGAAAAGUAUAAUGGAGAUUAUGGUUGAAAGACAAGGAGAGAAGAAUUUUCAUACAAUAUUGAGAUAUAAGUGAAGAUUUAGUGGAAGCUUAAUUGAAUAUAUUUUGAUGGUAAUCAAGUGAAAAAUGUUGCCAGAAAAGCUGGCUGUUUAUAUUCAGACAUCUUUGUAUAAAAUUUAUUAUUAAAUUCUCUAUUUAAGUACAUUUAGAAAAAAAAGAAAAAAGCAGAGAGAAAAUUUUUUCCUAUCUGAAUUUUAGUAGUAUUGUAUCAUCAGCAGAAUUUUUAUGUAUUUUUCAAACUUCUCCCAAAAAAUGCAGUGAAGCUGAAGAAUUACAAAAGAUAAAAACACUGUUUUUUUGGCUUAAUUUUUGAAUUCAACACAUUGUGUUUAUCUUUCAAUUUAUGAGAUUUUAAUUUAUCUUCCCUUUGAAUUUUGUAAGAAACUUGUGGAAUUUUGUAUUAUAAAAUUUGAAGCAAAAAGAAGCGUGGGAAACUCAAAAGCUCCAACAUUCCAGUAAACUUUUGGGCGCAACAUUGAGAGCUUGAAGCUCUUUUUUUUAUAUCAAGUGUGUCUAAAAGUUUCUAACGUUGUAAAACCCAAGAGAGAGUGAGAAAGAGAGAAAACUUUCGGCAGCAAAGACAAAAGUCUCGAAAGGCAGACAAAAAAGAAGAAGAAACAUGAACAAAUUAUGUGAAAGUUGAUAUAAAAGCUCUGUAAAUAAAGUUUAUAUAAAGUCCAUGAGA